UUUUUAUGAUUUAUUAAUACAGAUUAUUAAAUUAAGCUUUUCAGAUAUAAUUAUUUUAGAUGUAUAGUAUGUAACAAUUAUAUGUAACACCAAAUAGAAAUAUGACAUGUAAUAUUCUCACAUUAUAACAUUUAUAAAGAUAUAAAAUAAAAUUGUUAAUUCUUGUAAUAAUCCUUUUUCUAAUACGAAAAGUGCUUAUAUAACAUGUAUCAUACAUACAUAGCAUAUACACGUACAUACAAACAUACACAUGCUAUAGCAAGUGCGCUCAUUAAUAUAAAAUUGUAAUUAAGUAUAAUACAGAAUCUUUUCAAUUAAACUAUGUCAUAUAUUUCUAGGCGAUAUCUAUAAGUAUGUUUUCCAACAUGUAUACAACAUAUAUUUUCCGAUGUUGCCAAAUGUAAAUCAAUGUAACAUUUUCAAUUGCGAAUUUGUACAUUAUAUUCAAGAAUACUGUGUCGGAACGUGUAUGCAUUUUUAUCAUUUGAAUACGUAAUAUUGCGACAAGUAUGGAGUAAAGUUUCACUUCUUCAAUACACACGUACUAUAUUACGUGAAGGGUAUUGUACUACAAGCAUAUAUUUUGGUGCGAUAAAUCAAGGGAAGGAUAAUUUUCUUUUUCCGUCUUCAUCAUUAAACCCACACAAGGCUCGAGCUAAAAUAUGUUUAAUAACCUCAAAUUCCUAUUUUAGACAUUAAUCUUAGUAAAAAGACGAUUUAUGACGAAUAUAAAUUCUCUGAAAUAAGGUACUAUAAAUGCAUGUUGAUUACAUAUACGUCAAAUAUUUUUUUUUUUUAUAAAUAUAAAAAAAUAAGAUGUUUACAAAUAUUUUCAGAUGUAAUUUUAAAAAGUAUACAAUUUCUUCUUACAGGUACAGUUUCAGAAAUGAGCCUAACCAAACAGAAAACUUUUAUCAAAGAUUUAUUCCAUAAGAAACAUUCAAGAAAUCAGAAGAAAAAGUCAAAUGAAGAAAUCAGAGAAUGUAAUGGUAUUGAUUAUCCAUUGGACAUAUGGUUUAUAAUAUCAGAAUAUAUUAAACCAGAAGCUAUAGGGAAAUUUGCUUGUAUUUGUAGAUCUUCUUAUUAUGUGACUACAACUGCAAAAUUUUGGUUUCAUCUAUAUAAGACUUAUUACAAGUUUGUUCCUGGCAUACCAGAACGCUUGCAGCCACAUUGGAUGGUACUACGCCAUGAAUUACGUCUUUGUGUCAUUAGAACAUUGCAUUAUUCCUAUUUUGCUGAGAGGAGUAUAUCAAACUAUGUAUCACAGUUACAGCAAAGAGAGCCACAUUCUCUUGUUAAAAGACAAUGUUCUCUCAUGUGGCACAAAACAGGACUUAAUCGGUGGUAUUUCUUUUUCAAAUUAAAAGAAAUAUCGAGAAUAUGCAAUGGUACUUUGAUACAACAAAAUAAAAACAUACAUGAGCAAAUGAAUGACGUUGAAAGAGCAGAAAAAAUAAAUAGAAAUCCAGAGGAAGGUUGUAAACUUUUACAUGUAAGAUCUGUAAAAUAUAGCAAAUUACCAUUUGUAAUUGGACUAAUUCUACAGAAACUAUCAGUGACAUUAAUGCCUGGUCUUAAAUACUUGCGAUUACAGCUUGAAUUUGGAACAUCAGAUCUUCCAAAUGCAUUAACAAACCAAGUUAUACUCAAUUAUGUAAAUGAUUACGAAGUUUUAGAUUGGUGGCAUCCACGUUAUCCACAUCAAGAUACAAUAUCUCAUUUAUGUGAGAUAGGUAGUACCGUACAUUUAACCUCAAAUGAUACUUGGGAAUAAUGUCUUUAUCUAAUUUCUCUUGCAAGAAUAUUAUAUUUUGUCUAUUUAUAUGUAUUAUAUAAAUAUUAAUUUUAUAACUGAAAUAUAUGUAUGCAAAUAUUAUAAAAAAAGUUUCGGUUCUAAUUGAAGAAUCUAAACAUUCAAAUAUU